AUGCAUCGCCGUGCCGUGCCCUCCUCUGCAAAGCCCGGGGCUCUAGAAAAGCGUGUAAGAAGCUACGUGCGCGAUGCGGUGGCCUGUAAUGAAUUGCUGCUGUCUACUGUAAUGAAGUCUAAAGAUCAGAUCGCGACAAGCUUUCCCUUCCCCUUUUCGACCUAG